AUGGCACCGGGGCUGCAGCUCGGCUCCGUCCUCCUCGCCCUCGCCGCCUGUCUCGGCGGAGCCCGGCUCGCUGCCGGGGCAGCCGGCGGCAGGAGGGGCCCGGCGGCCGAUGCGUGCGCAGGGAGGGGGCUGCCAUCAGUCACGAAGAACAAUGGACUGCUCAACAUCACCUUUAAAUAUGACAACUGCACUCCUUAUCUGAGUUCAGUGGGAAGACACGUGAUUGGAGAUGUGCAGAACAUCACUAUCAGUCAGUUUGCUUGCCAGGAGCAGGUGGCUGUGAUGAUUCUUUGGACAGCAAAUGCCAUUGGGAUUGAAUACCUGAAGGGAUUUCGAGUAAUACUCGAGGAGUUAAAAUCAGAGGGAAGACAAUGCCAGCAGAUGGUUUUAAAAGAUCCAAAGCAGCUCAGCCCCAGUUUUAAACGAACAGGAAUGGAGUCCCAGCCCUUUGUAAACUUGAAGUUUGAAACAGAUUACUUUGUAAAGAUUGUUCCUUUUCCUUCCAUUAAAAAUGAAAGUAAUUAUCACCCAUUUUUCUUCCGAACUAGAUCAUGUGAAUUGUUGCUACAGCCAGAAAACCUUGUCUGCAAACCUUACUGGAAGCCAAGGAAUGUGAAUGUUACCCAGCAGGGUUUUAACAUGCAAGUGUCCUUUGAUCAUGCACCUCACAACUUUGGGUUUAGGUACUACUUUCUUCACUACAAACUGAAGCAUGAAGGACUGUUUAAGCAAAAGACCUGCAGACAGGAGCAGAACACAGACACUACAAGUUGUGUUCUUCACAACGUAUCUCCGGGGGAUUAUAUCAUUGAGCUGGUUGAUGACACUAAUACAACAAGGAAAACUAUGCACUAUGCACUAAAGCCAGUGCACUCCCCGUGGGCUGGCCCCAUCAGAGCCAUUGCCAUCACAGUCCCUUUGGUUGUCAUCUCUGCCUUUGCCACGCUUUUCACCGUCAUGUGCCGCAAGAAGCAGCAAGAAAAUAUAUAUUCCCAUCUAGAUGAGGAGAGCUCAGAAUCUUCAGCAUAUGCUGCAGGUCUCCAUGUGGAAAGACUUCGACCCCGGCCAAAAGUUUUCAUCUGCUAUUCCAGUAAAGAUUGCCAGAAACACAUUAAUGUCAUCCAGUGCUUUGCUUAUUUUCUUCAGGACUUUUGUGGCUGUGAGGUGGCUUUAGACUUGUGGGAAGAUCUGAAAAACUGUAAAGAAGAUCAGAAGGAGUGGCUUAUUAAAAAAAUAAAUGAAUCGCAGUUUAUCAUCAUUGUGUGUUCCAAAGGAAUGAAAUACUUUGUUGAAAAAAAGAACUGGAAGCACAGAGGAGUAACCAAAGAUGCAGGAAAAGGAGAACCCUUUCUCUUUGCUGUGUUGACUGUUGCAGAGAAGCUUCGUCAGGCAAAGCAGAAUUCAGCUGACCUCUGCAAGUUCAUUGCAGUCUACUUUGAUUACUCCUGUGAGGGAGACAUCCCUGCUAUUCUGGAUCUGAGCACAAAAUACAAACUCAUGGACAAUCUCCCCCAGCUCUAUUCACACUUACACUCCAGAGAUCUUAGUGUACAAGAUUCAGAGGUGUUUCCUGUUAACAUUAGUAAAAGGAAUUAUUUCAGGAGCAAAUCUGGGAGGUCCCUUUAUGUUGCUAUUUGCAACAUGCAUCAGUUCAUUGAUCAGGAACCAGAUUGGUUUGAGAAACAAUUUAUUCCCUUCCCUCCACCUUCUUUACACUACAUGGAGCCUGUCAUGGAAAAAUUUGAUUCAGGCUUGGUUUUAAAUGACUUGGUGAAUAAACAGGUGAUGGAUGGUGAUUUUUACCUGAAAACAGAUCUAAACAUUUCAGUGGGGAAUUCAGACUCUCACUGUAUAAUUCAGCACUUAAACCUCGGAGAAGAUAUAGAAACUCAGGACAUUCAAGGUGGUGGCAGCUCUGUCCUUCAGCCCUUGUUACAUGUUGUUAAAGCUUCAAAUCUGAAAGACAUGCCUCGGGAUUCUGGAAUCUAUGAUUCAUCUGUCCCUUCAUCUGAAUUAUCUUUGCCUUUAAUGGAAGGACUAUUGACAGACCAAAUGGAAACGUCUUCCAUUACAGGAAGUGUUUCUUCAUCAUCAGGUUUAGGAGAAGAAGAACCACCUGUAAUGACUGCUACAAAGUUCUUAGUGCCUGGAAUAUGCAAAGCAGAACUUCAUUGCCACAUCCACACUGAGGAACUGCAGGCAAUUGCUCCCUUAUAAUACACUACAACAUUGUUAUGCAUUGCCACUUUAUCAACAGCCUCUGUUUGUGCUUUAACUAUCACACUGUCUCUGCACCAAAACUACUUGAAGAAACAAACUGCUCCUGAAGAAGAUCUGUUAUUCCAUUUUUUGUGGCCAGUAAACUUGAAUCUGUUGGUAUUUUUAUAAAAAAUCUUUCAUGAUUUUGAAAAUGUACAUUGGAAAAACAGAAGAGCAUACAUUUAAAAUUAUUCCUGUUAUAAUUUAAAUGUCAUUAUAUUACACUGUUUACAGAUGGCAUAAUCAAAAUUUACUAUUUUUUUUGCUAGGAAUAAAUUUGCAACUGGAUAUAAAAUAGCUUGGAACAUUAAGCCUUAGUAAAUUUUGUAGUCCAGCCUCUAGUUUUAAGUGCUGAUGUACUUGAUGGCAGGAGUGUUGUAGUCAAUGAGAAGAGGAUUUUUUUCUGAAGCAAGGUAAAAAUGCCAAAGGUGAGAUCAAGAAAUUCUUCCUCAGAAGAAAUCAUUUUCUUUUCAAAAUGUUUGAGCUCUCGUCCUCAGCCUCCUUUUCCCAGUUGCUAAUGUGUCUCAGUAUUUAAUUUCAGUGCAUAUCUCCCUCCUCUGCAUUAAUCUCCUGUGUCUCCUCCACAGUCUGGCUGUGGUGACUCACAAACAGCACCAUUCUGAGGCUGAGGGAUCAUUCUUAUAAUAGACAAAAAUACAGGUCCUCCAUAUCCUGAAUUAUACCAUGGGAAACAAAGCCUCCUAUUUUCUUCCUGAAGGGCUAAUAUAAAGAAUAAAGAGAUGGAAGAAGGAAGACUCUAUCUUAUAUUGAAGAUAUUCUAGGUUUGUUCAGCCAUGAGAGGAGUAUACUGUAUGGGGGUUCAUACCAUGAUAUGAAGGACAUGGUGGUACAAAACCACCUGGGCUAAAACAAGCCAAGAAUAGCAGUUAACAGGCAGGAAUACUUUGUCCUGAGCCAAGCAGUAAACAGCAGCCAGUGAGUUAUUUUGCAGUUUACACUAUUUAUCAUCACUUAGUGAUUAAGAUUGUGUGCUGUCACUAGUGUUAUAGUAAGGAAAAAUGCAAAAACUACCACAGGCCAUUUCUAUCUGCUGACACAGAGCAUGCAUGUCCUGUUUCCUGCAGUGACCAGGUGGGUAAAUCUUCAUCCAAAAUGUCCCUCCUGUUUCCCAGGAGCAAAUUUUCCAAAAUUAAAUGUAUCUGUGUAACUGCAAUUCCAGGCACUAUUGCAGAAAGCAUGGGACCAACAAACACUAAAGGACAGCUUACCAAUGUGCCUUUGCUCAUUCUGGUCACAGAGUCAAAUUCUGUCUCAUUUAACCUGUAUUCACAUUCCACUAGCAGGGGGUUACUUUAAAG